AUGAUUGCCUCCAGGUAUGGCUCUCGGAGCAGCAGGAGUAGCAACAGCAGUGGAGUGAUCAGCAGCAACAGAAGCAACUCUUGUUCCCGCAGCAACAGCAGCCACAGCAGCUGCAACAAUGACACCAUGACAGACCUGAAUCAUUGUGUUGCAAGACCUCUAGGCUAUGGUGACUCUGGAUUUUUGUAUGACAGUGACUGCGCUAAGCCAUCAUUAGUGAAGAAUAACUCGUGUGACAGUGCCUGCACCGCUGGAUCAACUGGGGAUGUAUUGAUUAAACGCAGCGAAUGCCCUGUUGGAUCCUUCGGAGAUGUGUUGAGCAAGGGCAGCGGCUGUAACGAUGAGUCCAUAGGGGAUUUGUCAAGGAAAAGCAGCGGCUGUAACAGCAUGAGCAACAGCAGGAAGAGCAGUGAAGGGGAUGAUGCUGCUGAGCAUGCAGUGCCUGAAGUCUUUUCACAUGGCCAGACUACACUUUCCAAGUGGUCUGCUGCAGAAGAAGAGGGUAAAUUGCAUCUGCCAGAGCUGCUGCGUCAGCGAGAACACAGCGGCAGCUCUCGAGACUCGGGAUAUUCGUCUUACUUCGGCACUGCAAAGUUCCACAGUUCUGAAAAUGACCAAGUUCUAAACCGCGUUGUUGACACUCCCAGCGUCUCUUUCCCACCCAUGAGCGCCUCGUUAGAUGUCGUCGAAACUGCAGAAGAUGUCAACUUAUUUGGAAAUAAAAACAACGUUGCAGCUCCACUAGACUUGUUGAAUUCAAGCUUUUUACCUUUUUCUAGCAGCAAUGAACUACGGGCGACUGCGAAACCCUUUGUUCUCAGUUCAACCAACACUGGUUUUGCCGUCACAUCCAAGAGUGAGAAAAGUCCUUCGGAUAUAUAUUUUGGGCAAAACGAGCCUACUUUAAUGAACAAAGAAAUUAAUAAAAACGUCUUCAGCUUCCCUACUGCACCUUGGUCCUCUGCAGAUGCCUCUAACAAUGCCACUAACUUCAGUGGGAUGACAGAGUCUUCCCUUAGAACCUCUUUUCCUUCAUACUCUUUUAAACAACCGACUGAUGGACGUCAAUCUGCCCUGUCUAUGUCCGGAAAUGUUUUUGAAUCUCCCCAACCGAUUUCUGUGAACGAGGUUUCCUCAUUAAGUAACAGCCUCAUUAAUGAUCCAUUAAUAGGGGAUGACAAACUCUGCCAGUUAUUGCCCUCUGAUCCAAUGGCCCAAAAGAAUUUCAUUGAUAAUAUCACUUUACUCAACCAAAUCUCUGCCAUUGCACCUAUCGAUGACAUCGACUUGCCAGUUUUCAACCCGAAUCAUCACAACUUGAAGCCAGGACCAACGGAGGAUCAAUGGAAGUCAAGGACCUCAGGAAACUUUCCCCAUAGUUGGGGUGGAAGUGAAGCCUUCAGAAAUUGCCUUGAACCGAGCGCAGCUAACCGUGCAGGAUUCAAUCCUUCAAAUGCUCACCCUCCACCUUCCUCCUCAGAUGACUUCUUCCUGACCCUGGCGAAGGAGCGCAUGGCGAGGUCAAACUCCAGUGGCAGUUCUGAGGAGAAGAGCGAUGCGGCGCUGCAAGAACUUGCUUCAGUAUUGCUGAAUCAUUGCAAAAUUAGCAACAUUGAUAUCUCGUUGUCUGAAAUAUUACUAAUGCUGCGCAGAGCUUCCUUCCAAGACCCUUAUGCCAAGCACUGGCUCUCUAGGAACUUCAGCUUCCAGCAACCCAGGCUUGAAGAAAAUGACUCAUUUCCUGGAAAAGAUUUUGAUUUAUACUCAAGUUCUAAGUACUUUAACGAAGCUGCUAGAGGUGAGAUCAAUUAUUCCAAUGCUUCUUUUGUGCCUCCUAAACUCGGACCUCAACAACCUAACUGGUCAAAUAACAUGGGUGGACAAAGAGGCCAAACUCCUUUCAGUGGUCAAGAUGCCAACAGCCGAGGUGUUAUGACCACCAACCACCAGCGUCACCAACCGCAUCUCAACCACAACAUGGAUAACUACAAGAUAACGAGCUUUGGUAACGGCAGCUACAUGACCAGCAAAAAUUGCGCCAACUUCGAGAAGCUAACUAUGCAUUCAUCUCCUAAGGAUUUCCCAAACCAUUAUUUUGGACCACAUUUCUCGCAGGCUCCGUCAAAAAACUCUGUUCUGCUGCCUCCUAAUCCCCAUAAACCCCUGGGAUAUCUCGAUCCCGAAACUUGGGCUCAACUCACGAACGACUCUGAAUUUUGGGGCGGCCGGAGGGAUGAUGUUACUCUUAACCUGCUCAGCUCUCUGAGUAAAUUUAAUGUUAAUUCUCUGACAAACCAUCAUGAUGGAGUUGAUUUAAACGCAAGCAAAAUUUUACCUGAACUAACUCGCCCAACGGAGACAUCUCUGCAGAACAGCCCGCAGCACCUGGAGCUUCUACGGCACCUGGCACCUGAACUCAGCCUGGCUGCGUACAGGCAAAUAAGCUGGCUACUACCACUCGUGCACCAGCUGCUACGCCAUAUCGAGGCUUGCUACGACCAGUUCCGGCAAGUUGAGCGCCAGCGCAAGAAAACAGAAGCGGAACUCGCGCGUCGCUUCCCAGGGCGCCGCGUGACGAGCACCAACGGCGUCACGCUGCCCCGCCUCCCUCACGCGCCUACACGCCUCGACAGACUUGUGCUCGACCAUCUCAGGGAGCAUGCUAGGGUGAUCACGCUUGUGGCUAAAAUGGAACGCCUUCGCAACGCGGCACUUCAGCGUGGCAUUCAUCAUGCCAUGGCGCUGUGGCACUCCACACUCACCACUCUCACCACCCUGCGGCAUGCUGACAUCACCCACAUCAUACUUCCUCCACCACACUUCCACCAGCGACGACAUCUCCCUCCACCUGAGAUGCACUUCCCAAACGUGGAGAAAGUGUACGGAAAUCCCCUGGCUUCUUUGGGUCAAAAUUUAGAAAAAAGUGAAUUUCAGAAAGUUUUCGAGGAACCAAAUUUGCCGUUUGAAAAAACAUUGAUGCCGCAGUUGCUGAAAAAGCAAACUUGGACUCAAGAUUCAGAAGUUAUUUACAGCAAUCCUUCAGAAGUCUUGCCAAAUUCUGAGGAGUGUGCGAAGUCUCCUGUGGAAGAAGGCCCUCCCGAGGUGCUGGCGCUGUCGGAGUGUCUGUGUGACGUGGUGCGCGCCACGAGGGGCGCCCGUACUGCCCUCUACUGCGCCCUUACCCUCACUACACUCCAGCCCCUCCAACCUUCGGCUGCUGACGACACAACCCCUCGGCAGGACCAGCCCCUCGGUCGGGACCCUGCCCUUGGUGGUCGAGACCAGCCCUUUGGUCAGGACCAGCCUCUUGGUCAGGACCAGCCUCUUGGUCAGGACCAGCCCUCUGGUCAGGACCCUGCCCUUGGUGGUAGGGACCAGCCCUUUGGUGGUCAGAACCAGCCCUUUGGUCUGGACCAGCCCCUCGGUCGAAACCCUGCCCUUGGUCAGGACCCUGCCCUUGGUCGGGAGUCUGCCUCAGGGUGUUUGUCUGUCAAUAAUUCGAGGGAAGUCUUACCUCAUCACAGCAAAAACCCGAGGGUUGAGGGUAAAAGCCUUGAUUUGUACCAAGAUUGUCUUGAUAAAAGUGGCAGUUUGUCGGGCAGGGAUGGCGGUUAUUUUGAUAACAACAAAGGGAUUGUCGCGGCCGCCGGGGUCAUUACUGAUCAUAAAGUAAGCUCUGAUAAAAUUGAUCUUACCAAUGAUGAAUUGAAAAUAAUUGCUGCUGCUACCUGCCAAAAAUAUAGCGUUGCCACCUGUCAAAAAGAUGGCGUUGCCACCUGCCAAAAAGAUGGCGUUGCCAACUGCCAAAAAGAUGGCGUUGCCACUUGCCAAAAAUAUAGCGUUGCCAACUGCCAAAAAGAUGGCGUUGCCACUUGCCAAAAAGAUGGCGUUGCCAUUUGCCAGAAAGAUGGCGUUGCCACUUGCCAAAAAGAUAGCGUUGCCACCUGCGGAAAAGAUGCUGAAAAUGAUGCCGAGAAUAAUGAAUGCAGUGAUGCGAAUGAUGAAUGUGAUGAUGAGUAUGAUGAUGAAUCGAGUGAUGAAUCAGAUGAUGAAGAUGAGCGCAUAAUGAGUAUGCUGCGUGGUAUGCUGCAUGAGCGCAGCCGUGCUACAAAACACGUAUUGCAGAACCAACCCAUGAAUGAUGCUGAUGAAUUUUUGGCAGCUGCUGAAAAUCGAGUUGGAGUUGAAGUGGAGAACUGCGUUGAAACAUCAAAUUUGGAGUCUCAGGGCAUCAAGAGUUCAACGGUUGAAUCGUUGAUUGAUGACAAGCGGAAAAUGAUUUUAACAGCAGUGUACACUAGUGCAACUGCUACAGCUACUGCACCAAAUACUGCUGUUACAACUGCUACAACAUGCGUAGCUGUUACAGUUGCUAAAACAUCUGCAUCUGCUGCGGUUGCUAAAACAUCGGCAUCUGCUAAGACCUGUACACCUGUUACAGCUGCUAAUACUAUUCCAUGUUUUGCAGCUGCUAAAUCAAGCACAGCUAUAACAACAGCUGUAAGUGAUGUCGGCACGACUGCUAACGCCCGAAGUUACACUAUAACUUCUACAAUAAAAACUGCAACAACUGCAGUGACAUCUGCUGCUACUAAUGCCAAAACUACAACUGUUACAGCUGUCACGACUGCUUCUUCAGCUGUAACUGCGUCAGCUGUAACUGCGUCAGCUGUAACUGCGUCACUUGUAGCCACUGCAAAUGUAACUAAACCUGCCAAGCUUACGACCACUGCCACUAGUGGUACAGUUUCUUGUUCUGUCAGUAAGAAUUGCAAGAACAAAACUUACAGUAGCGGCAGCAACAAUAAUAAUGACAGUGGCAAUAGUGGCAGCAGCAACAGCAAUAGCAGUGGCGUUAAUGGUAAUAGCAGUGGCAUUAGUGGCAAUAGCGUUAACGUCAAUGGUAUUUGCGGUGACAAUAGUGGCAGAAGUGGCAGAAACAGCGGAAUUCAUGGCAAUGGUGGCAGAGGUGGCAACCACAACAGCUGUGAUGUGCCGCGCAGCAACCAUCACCAUUUGCACCACAAUUCUCGUCACCAUUACCCGGCCUACGACCACAAUAUGGCUGCUCUGCAUUACCAUUUAAAUGGCAAUAGUCGCCAUUUCAAUGGCAACUACCCGCAUUUUGGCGGCAAUGGUACACAUUUCAAUGGCAAUGCCGGCCAUUUUAACCAUUUCGGCAGCCGCAAUGGCCGUUUUGGCGCCAAUAAUGCUGCAAAUGGCGGCCAAUAUGGCGGCAAUUCUGGCCAUUUCAGUAGCGGCAAAUUGCCACGCAGCGGCGCCAGGAAGCCGUUCAGCGGCGGCCGCCUAAUGCGCGCCGAUAAAUUCAACGCCCGCUGUGAUGGUCGGCCGCCCUACCUCUACUGA